GCAAGGAGGGAGGAGGUGCGGAGACCACAACAGAGAGGGAGCGAGCCGGAGGAGAGCCCUGCACUGCAUUAACGAGAAAGAGCACAGAGGAGGAGGUGGAUAGUUUUCUGAUGCGAGCUGACGGUGCCCGGUGGUGGAGCGGAGAGUGGAGCGGCUGACAAUCGCAGGUUUUGACAGCUGGGGAUUGGACCAGCAGGGCUUCCACCCAUGACCCAAACCAGAUUGAUGGAGAUGGAGAGACAGCAUAGUCACCGAGCACUGCUGUACACCUGGACAAAAGAGCUGCACUGACAGAGGCCUGUAGAGUGCUUCUAACACAGUGAGUGGACGAGGAAGCUGUCCGCAUACGUGAACGUUAUCAGCACGGCUGUCAGGACAGAGUCUAGCCAACGUUGAGGGGGCAAACAGCCAAUCGGAGGGACAGAGAUGUUGUGGCAGGACAAGCAUGCAGCCCUGACUUUCAUGUCAUUACUGCUGCUACUGUGGCAGGAAGCAGCACCCAUUGAAGUCCCAGAAGACCCAAAGAUCCAGCAAGACUUGAAGCAGCCCCCAACUAUCAUGAAACAGUCAGUAAAGAACUACAUUGUGGACCCCAGAGAUAACAUCAUCAUUGAGUGUGAGGCCAAGGGCAACCCAGUGCCAACGUUUUCAUGGCGAAGAAAUGGGAAGUUUUUCAAUAUUGGGAAAGAUCCCAGGGUGACGAUGCGAAAACGCUCGGGAACCCUGGAGAUCGGCUUCCGCAGCGGAGGUCGGCCAGAGGACUACGAGGGAGAAUACCAGUGUUUUGCCACCAAUGACUUUGGAGUGUCUCUGUCCAACAAAAUCCUGCUCCGGGUCUCCAAGGCUCCUCUGUGGCCUAAGGAGGUGCUGGAGCCAGUAUCUGUGACUGAAGGCUCCCCACUGGUUCUACCUUGCAACCCCCCACCAGGUCUGCCUCCUCCGUUCACCUUCUGGAUGGACAGCAAUAUGAGUCCAAUCCCUCAGGAUAAACGAGUGUCCAUGGGUCUUAAUGGAGACCUCUACUUCUCCAAUGUUUUGGCCCAAGAUGCAAACACAGACUACAGCUGCAAAGCUCGCUUUCUGUUCACACACACCAUCCAGGAGAAGAACCCAUACAAACUCAAAGUUCAGACCAAGGAGCCAUACAAUGACACAUCUUACAAUGCCUCUGAGCCCCACGGUGACCGUAAAGCAGCAGAGUCCACGCCGACCUUCCUCUCACCAUCAGGAAGUGAGAGCUCCAAAAUGGUGCUGCGAGACGAGCAGCUGCUGCUGGAGUGUAUCGCUGCUGGACUUCCAACACCCAUCAUCAAGUGGUUUAAGAAAGGUGGGGAGCUGCCAGGGCAGAAGGUCAAGUUUGAGAACUUCAACAAGACCCUGAAGAUUGUUAGUGUGUCAGAGGAGGAUGCUGGCGAGUAUGUAUGCAUGGCCAACAAUCAUUUAGGCACCAUACGCCACUCCAUCUUUGUUCAAGUUAAAGCGGCUCCUUACUGGUUACACAAGCCAUCAGACCAGGUGCUAGCCCCAGAAGAGAAUGGACGCCUGGUAUGCCGGGCCAACGGCAACCCUAAACCUCGCAUUGAGUGGCUUGUCAAUGGGCAGCCUAUAGAGAGCUCUCCCACCAACCCAAACAGACAGGUGCUCGGAGACACCAUCAUGUUUCACUCUGUGCAGAUUGGAAGCAGCGCCGUGUACCAGUGUAAUGCCUCCAACGAGCAUGGCUAUUUGUUAGCCAACGCCUUUGUCAACGUUCUUGACCUGCCCCCGAGGAUGCUGGGCCCCAAAAACCAGCUAAUAAAAGUCAUUAAGAACAACCGCACCUUCCUAGACUGCCCCUUCUUUGGUUCCCCUUUACCGGAGCUACGCUGGUUUAAGAACGGACAGGGCAGCGGGCUGGACGGAGGCCAGUACCGUGUUUACAUUAAUGGUACCCUGGAGAUAAAGCGGGCCCGAGCAGAGGACGAGGGAACCUACACCUGUGUGGCCAGCAGCAUCUUGGGAAAAGCUGAAAACCAAGUGCGCCUGGAGGUCAAAGAGCCGACUCGCAUCAUUCAGGCCCCCGAGCACCAGUCAGCCAUCAGGGGCUCCACAGCUCGCUUCACUUGUAGGGUGACGUCUGACCCCAGCCUUCCUGUCAGUGUGGCCUGGAUGAAGGAUGACAAGCCUCUUUACUUGGGAUGGAGGUUGAAGAAGGAUGAUGAGUCUCUGUCCAUCCCCAAUGUGAACGAGGGUGACGAGGGGACGUAUACCUGCACUGCUAAAUCUGAGAUAGACCAGCUCUCAGCCUCUGCUCGCCUCACUGUAUUAGAGGUGGCCACUCUCAACCCCUCAGUCUCUAGUGCCUUGCUUCCAGCCCGUCCAGACCCCCCCAUGGAUCUGGAUUUGUCCGACCCAGCAGCACGCAGCGUUCGCCUCACCUGGAUCCCUGGAAAAGACCACAGGAGCCCCAUCACAGAGUUCUUGGUCCAGUUUGAAGAGGACCGCUGGGAGCCGGGUAGGUGGCAGAACUUGUCAUCUUACCCUGGAGACCUCAACUCUGUCAUCCUGCAGCUCGCUCCCUUUGUCAACUACCAGUUCAGGGUCAUCGCCAUCAACUCAGUAGGUCAGAGCGAUCCCAGCCGCCCCUCGCCCCGGUACAAGACAACUGGAGCUGCACCAGAUGCCAUUCCCAAAGGCCUACGGGGUUGGGGGUCCAGAAAGGACAAUAUGGAGAUCACCUGGGAGCCUCUCCUUGAUCUGGAAAGAAAUGGUCCAAACCUGCACUACAUUGUGUGGUGGAGACGAAAAGACGUUGAAGAGGAGUGGAAUAAUGUGACCACAGUGGGGACCAAACAUGUGGUCCACAAUACAGAAAUCUAUGUGCCUUAUGAGAUCAAAAUCCAGGCCAGGAAUGAGUUUGGAGCAGGACCAGAGUCUAACCUGGUCAUUGGAUACUCUGGAGAAGACAAGCCCACUGAUGCUCCCACUGACCUGCGGGUAUCAAAGGUUGACAGCACCAAAGUUAUCAUCCACUGGAGCCCUGUGGACCUGAACUCCGUCCAGGGAGAGUUCAAGGAGUAUAGAUUAUACUACUGGCGUGAGUCUAGUCAGGUUCCAGGUCUGGUGGUCAGUAAGGAGAAGAAGGUCAAAGGUUUCUAUAGCACUACGGUCAAACCAUCUGGCAUGCUCAGUGACCUGGCGCCCUACUCGAACUACAAGAUGUUCAUGGUUGUGGCCAACAAUCACUUUGAGAGUCAACCCAGCAACACUGUGGAAUUUACCACCAAAGAAGGAGUUCCAGACGCUCCAAGGUUCUUCAAGAUUAAUCGCAGAAGUUGGGACACGAUCCACUUGGAAUGGGCUAAACCUCUGGAGCCCAAUGGCAUCCUGACUGGAUACCAGCUCAAGUACCAAACAGUCAAUGGUUCCAAGGUGGGUCCUUUCCAGCUGGAGACGUUCUUUCCUAAUGUGACAGAGUUUUUCCUUCGCGUGCCGGACCGUUCCUCCCGCUACAAGUUCUUCCUGUCAGCACUGACUCAGGUGGGAAAGGGGGAGGACUAUGCUGAGGAGUCUCCACACUUCACUAAUGAAGAAAACUUUACUGACACGACAGAUCUAGUCGAGCUUACCGACUCCUUUGUGGCUUCUGGUUUCACUCCUACUCCUUUUGGUUCUCCUUCUCCUACUACCAUUGCUCCUACAACCAUUAGUACCUCAACUACUCCCACUCCUACAACUACGACUUCAACCACUACUAUUGCCACCACUUCUACCACUGAGGCAACCACUACCAUCCUUCCAAUGCUGUUCACCACCAAGCGUAUUGACCAGAAUGUGUUGGUGGCCUCUGGGCGAGAGAUCUGGAAUUUGACGGUGGAGCCUAACAGUAACUACGCUAAAGUCAGCUGGACGCACAACUUCCCGGCCAGCAGCAGCGAUUUUGUACUAGAGUUCACUCUGGACAGUAACAAGACGAAGAAAGAUGUAAAGAGUCAACAGCCCCCCAUUAAUGUGGUGGAUCUCAUCCCAGGCGUCGUGUAUCACCUGAGAGUUUACUCCCAUCUAUUCAACAGUGUCAGCAGCAAAUCUGUCACCUUUAAGACCAAAGCAGCCUACAUAGACCAGGUAGACAUAGCCACGCAGGGCUGGUUCAUUGGAUUGAUGUGCGCCAUCGCCCUUAUCAUCCUAAUCCUCCUCAUCGUCUGUUUCAUCAAGCGGAGUCGUGGAGGGAAGUACCCAGGUGGUGGCUACAUGAGCUGUUUCACAAAGGCUCUGGUGCGAGAUAAAAAAGAUCUCCCCUUGGACGCGGUGGAUCAAAAAGACCAGGAUGGAUCCUUUGAUUACCACAGCGACGAGGACAACAAGCCUCUGCAGGGCAGCCAGACUUCACUGGAUGGCAACGUAAAGGAAAGUGACGACAGCCUGGUGGACUACGGCGAGGGAGGAGACGGGCAGUUCAACGAAGACGGUUCUUUCAUCGGCCAAUACACAGUGAAGAAGGACAAGGACGAGACGGAGGGCAACGAGAGCUCCGAGGCCACUUCGCCUGUGAAUGCCAUCUACUCGCUGGCAUAGCGGCUCAACAGUGCACACGGGGAACUUGGACGCAGCCUCUGAUUUGUUAUGAUAGAACCAGACACAUAUACCAACACACAUGAUUCUAUGAGUAUAUGAAACACAUUACACACAGUGAAAGCAGCAGUGGCACCAGUCUGGAGACUGUCUAGGCUCUCCUCUGCAGGUAACGUGGAGAAAGAUGCGACCACAAGCCUUUAAUUUAUUUUUCCAGUUCUAACAAUGUGGUCCAUGGACACAUCUGGAGAAAGUGGACAAUGCUCGUUUUCCUUUGCGCUCUGCCUGCCCUUUACCCACACAGACUUGAAGUGUGCCUUCGGGAGGCAUCAAACAUUCUUUAGAGAUUUUUUGGUUUGUGACUCAGCUCUGCUUCCCGACGACCUCCCCCGUGCCCGGCAUACCUCUGCGUAACCAAGUAAAGUAGUCACAGAGGUUAAAUAUACAUACACACUCUGGCCACAUCCUGUAACAUAUCAGCUUCUAACCAUAGGAUGCCGGCAGAUAUGUUUAUCAUAUUGAUAUUUAGGCAAUGAAAGAUUUUAGUUUUUCCACAGCUGAUAGAGGAGUCCGUGAAACUUAACGAAUGCUGUAUAAAGUCCUGGCACACAUUUUAGUGCCCUGCAAAUCUAUGCACUAUCACCUCCUUCAUACCAUUUUUGGUUCCAUCUGGUUAGUAAAAGUACACAUUGUGGGCUUCUUUUUAGCAGAUUCAGUCUCAAGGUGGUUUGCCUUGAACUUUGUUGCAGGCAUGCAUCUGUUCCCUCUUAUCCUGUGUUGCAGUUGUUCAAAAUGCUUUUCCUGGGAAAAGCUGUUUCAUGCUUUGUGCUCAGUUACAGUAUGUGGUUAAUUAAACCCAACGUUGUUCUGAAGCAUGGUAAUAAACUUAGUGCGAGAGAAAUGUGAUAGGUUUGCUCGAGAAACACCAGCGCACUAAAAAACCAGUGAAUUCCCUAAAUUAGCAUGUGGGCUUGUGCUACAUUCAUGUCUAGCUGACAGGGUUCGAGGGCAAUGAUUCCCACACUAAUAUGGGAAUCAUUGCCAUCAUGUCGUUGAAAUGUGGGGAAAACUGCAAAAGGAAGAAGUUUGAAUUCAGUGUCUCCUGCCGUGAACGUAAUCGUGAAAGACACUGGAAAUGUUUAAGUCCAGUCUGCUAUCCAAAGACAGUUUAGUCUGUGAACUCGAGGAGUUAUGGAUCAAGUUAUUGGAUGACCUCAUCAAAGCACAAGAUGAAUGGUCAGUCACAGUCCUGGAUCAAUAUUCUUCUAAUAUUGCAGGACAACAGACAAACCUUCUUUGCAUCUGUGAGGCUCCUCUUUGUUAAAGAGUUACAUCCAGUCAGGUAAACUGGCAGUUUUGAAAGUGUGUUUUAUAACCAGGCCAAAUGUAUGGUGGUCACACAGGGACAUAUUUCAACUGAAAGAAAAUAUUCUUCUACCCCUCUUUAGCACUUCAAGAAGAUGUGUCAGGUUAGCAUCUUCGUUUUGUCUCCUGGGUCAUGAAUGUAGCACCAGAAGUCAUGGUCCAUAAGCCGUGUCCACACUAGACUUUGUGCGUUCAGCUUCACUCAGGCUGUGCAGACAUUAGUACCACACACUGUAUACAAUGACCUCCAGUACUCACUGUUAUUGGAACAGCCACACGUGUUGAUCUGAAAGAGUCCACAUAGAUACCUUCAAUUAUUUUUACUUUAUUGCCUUGAGGUGCUUUAUAUUGCAAGGUACAACAUCGGCGAGCGAAGCCCAACAAUCACAUGAUGUAGAUAAGGUACAUCCCAAUCAGUGAGGUAAGUGCACUGCACUGUUUAGCCUGACCCCACCUGCACAGAGGGACCCCGGCCUCUUUGGUUCUUUGAAUCUUUAUGAACUUGAUCAGUUUCUUAUCGCUCCAAAAAGACAUAAUUACAAAACACUGUUACGUGAUACAAAUGAUUUAAAGAAUAAAAUGUACAAUUCACAGCCACAAAUGAAAGUUAUCCGCUUCAUUUGACAUUUUUGAGGUUCACCAAACAGUUGCUGGCACUCAUGCUGUAGUUACUGAAGCUACUAUUAAACCCCUGAGUGCUACAUCAAACAGACUGACAUUUGGAAUAUUUAUUUGGUAUUUAUUACAUGAUGUGGAUAGCAUUAAUAUAUUAGUUCUUAAUUUAAUUCACUUCAUUUUUAUGUACAACUGAGCCAAACUACCGAUGGCUACAGAAUAAAAUUAUUGUUCAUCACGAGAGGCAUCAACACACAACUGUAUGUUCGAGAUAUUUUUCUAGCAGCUACGUUUUCUGCUGUAACCGAUACACAAAAAUAUAUCUGUCAAAGACGUCUCCAUCCUUAUACUCAUGUUGUAUUACUGUUACUCUGUGUUGUUGUUCAGACUUAAGUAGCAUAACCUUUCCAUCAUUCUGAGAAUGAAUUGAUGUGUAUUCAUUAUUGCAGAUUAUUUGGUAUUUAUUUUGUACAUCAGAGUCCUGAAAGAAAAUCCUACCUUUGUAAAUAUUGAAGACUUGACCCCCACCCGCCCAAUGAGAGUCACAAACCUGCAUCCACCAAGCAGCUGUAGUGGUGCAGUCUGCCAGUCUGUCAUGCACCUUUGUUAUGUAGCUUUGAUUAAUCUUUGCACUCUGAGGAGGAAUCUUCCCUUUGCAUUGACGUUGUCAUAUAUGGACUGUGGCAAGCCUUCUCAGGUGUGCUGAUGGCUUGGUGUGUGUGUUGUGAAAGAGAAAUAUGUUCUAUUGUGUACAAAGUAACAGCUCCUGCAGCGUACUACCUGAGUUACACAAACUACUAAAAGACCUGAGAACAUGAAUUUCCUGAGGUCCCCUCCUUGUCUCGGAUAGAGGCUGGAUACACAGGCAUGACAUUUCUCAUUACAGGGGUCAACAACUUUGACCCCUGUAAUGUAUUCCACUUUGUUUGUUGGUCUUUGUUCCCCAUUACAACUCUUCUCAGGUGCUCUUUGUCAACUUGUAAAUCUACAUAUCCACAAAAACCUUGGUAAGAAGUCUUAAACUGGGGAAAAUCAUUCAUUUUCUGAACUUCCUCUUUCUUAAUGUGUCCUAGUGUGAGACUGCCAAUAAACUGUAGCCCCAAACCUGACAUGUGUUUCAAACAAUCCACAGCAAACAGGUACAAUGUGACAUAAGACCACCAGACCACAUCAAAAUAAAACUUCCAGAUCAUUCCCGGCCUAUAAUCCUCAGCUGAUAAACUGCAGAAUGAAAAGGUUUUACUAGUUUUAUCUCAUUCUCUGUAACAAAGAGCAUAGGGAUAUUUUUUAUGAUGAUAUAUAAUCAACACUAAGCGUUUGGUAAAACUAACAUUUAAAUGCCGUGUUUUCUUCUGUCUAGAAUUCGUUGACAGCUCUCUCUCGAGCACUGUACAGAUGAACCUUUGGCAGUGUUAAUACAAUGGCAUUAGUAGCAAGUAAACACAGGUGAGCACAGGUGAGCUACUCUAUAAUCUUACCUUCAAAAUGUUCUAAAUUCACUGCAGGACUUGAAGUGAAAACGUAUGUUCUUCUGUUCUUCAGAGUUGGACGAGCUGCCUUAUUUCCUCGGCAACUUCGCCUGCUAAUGGUUGCAGUCUUGUAUAAGAGGCAAGCCUGUUUGAUCUGUUAAAGCAAACUCAAUACUUCAUGUGUACACUAAAGGACACGUGAAGGACACUAAAGGAGUAAAACUCCUCAAUCAUUUCAUGCAAUGGGAAACCCUUUAAUCUUCUCAGUGCUUUCAUUGUGAGAUGUUUGCAUGCAUACUGUAUGCAAAAAUACUGAAUGAGACUAGACAACAGCAGAGCGAGGUGGUUCAGCAUCCACAUCUAUUGGAGAUAAAGUAUCUGAAUUUCAGGAGUGGGACCAUGCCUCCAAACACACUCCUUCUGGUUCUUUUCUACAUAUGACCCCCCCAUUUCUAUAAGCUGUUCCCUCUGGUUUUCAUGCCCCACCCUCACUCCUCUUUUCACUUCUUCACUUCUCAUCAGUACACAGGGAUCUGCCAUGGAAACAGGGCAUGUAUUUUUGAACUUUGAUGGGAAUAGGGGAAUAUUUUUGUUCUUUUAAUAAUUUACCUUGAGUGUUUUUGCCAGGCUGUCUCUAUCCCCAUCUGUGCUACAUCCAAGUGUUGCAAUGCUACAGUUAUCCUUCUUGUGAUGUAGCACUAUGCCACUUGAAAUCGAUUGAAGUUACCUCCUUAGCAGGGCGCCAGGUUAAAAACAAUUGUAGAGGAUUUUCAUGAAACACAUGCUUAUUUGCUUCCUACAGUGGGUUUAGAAGUUGACCCAGAUCACCUGUUGCUAAAGUCUGCAGAAGAGAAGGCCACUUUAUUUAUGAUAGACCUUGUGACUCCAAAGUGAAAUUUGAGUUUGAGCAUCUCUAAAACAGAGCCCAGUAGUUUCCUUGUCAUUGAUGAUCUUAUAUUUCUCACUCCUUUCAAGACAAACCUCUUGCUUGACAGUACGUCCCAGUCAUCUGUCCUCUCUCCUGAAUGUUAAAGCAGUGUCCUCUGAGUUUUAAUCAGCAGAAUGAUUCAUCCCAUGCUGCACCAACUAUAAUGUGUUGACUAGCAGGACGCUGCUUGUGAAACUGACACAGACAGUGAGACAGAGCACUGGAAGAGCAAUAUUUGGUUGAAGAACAGGUCUGAAUUUUAUCACUGGAACUGGAAGUCUUUGCUAAAAAUCAUCACACACACCACUCCUUACUCGCUCUGCUGCUGCCCAUCCACCAACCUCCACUGGUGGACCACAGCAGGGAGGCUGGCAACAUAAAGAAACAAAGGUAUACAAAGCUUUGUGUGUGUCUACACAUCAGUUUAUGGUGCACAAAGACCAAGCUUCUUUUUCUUCACUCUUCACAUUAUCGUAGCUCACCUUAAAUUGGGGAUGAAAAUAGUCAAUGUGCAGUUUUACAGCCUUUGCUUUUCCUUCAGUUUAAAAUGCUGCAAAGUGUCAGAACUUACUGGUGCACAUUUCCAGCUGGAUUUUUCACAACUGCGUCAUAUUGGCAUCUUCUUGUUUUUACCAUGUGUAUCAGAGCAGCGUGUUAACACCUUGCUUCUACAUGCAGCAUAACAGCUUUUGUAAGGUACAUCUACUCUACAGGAAAUGGCUUAAAUAUAUUCACCAUGUAUGCGUGUAUGAUGACAUGUUGCAACUUCUGCUAGUGCGCCUUCUUUAUAGUAAAGCUAUCUCCUUUUCUCUA